AUGAGUGUCGUUUUGGAUGUUCAAGGAUUUAAAAUUGAAAAUAAUAAAUUUCUCGCAAAAGAAUUUUGCGCCUAUGAUGGUGUUAGGUUAUGUCAUUAUAUUUUCAAAGCUCCUUUUCCUUGGGAUCUGCUGCCACCACCGUUGAAGAUUCAGGCGAAGUGGUUGACUGAUAAUUACCAUGGUAUCUCCUGGAAUUCAGGGUUUACACCCCUACAUAAGUUUGGAAACAUUAUCAAACAUAUUGCGGAUGGGGCAGACAGAAUUUAUGUGAAAGGAAGUGAAAAAGCUGCCUACCUGAGAAACUUCACCAGCAAACCAAUAAUCGAGCUUGAAGAGCAGCCCCGCCUCACCCCUUCACCAUACAACAGAUAUUUGCAUGUGUGCGAUGUCUAA